UUCUGUGGUGAACCUCUGUGAUCUGUCAAGCCAUCAAUUCAUAACCCCAAAGAAUUGAUUGUUUUCCAAUUUUCGUUGACCCGCUAAUACACGUGUUGGUUUUGUUUUGGGAGCCAAUUCAAUAUGAAGAAAACAAAAUCAACUACGUCGCCUAUACCGAAGAAAGCAACAAAAACUGGGGCAAAGAAUAAGCAGUCUCGAGCAACUUCAGAUGCAGAUAUUGCUCAGCCUCAGGACGAGCAGAAAUUACCCGAAACUAUAGCUUUAGACCUAAACGCUCAGAAGAAAGUUUCCAAACAAACUGUUUCCAUCAAGAAGCAGCUCAAGGCUGGUACCAUAACGAUUAAGGAGAGUCGCAAAAUACUCCAGCAGAAAGCUGAAGAGCAAAGAGGACUGGUGUAUAUCGGACACAUUCCCCAUGGUUUCUACGAGGAGGAGAUGAAGAAAUAUUUCAAGCAAUUUGGCAAAGUGACCAACGUGAAGGUGUGCCGAUCGCGAAUCACUGGCAACAGCAAAGGCUUUGGAUACAUCGAGUUCAAAGACGCUGAAGUGGCCCAAAUCGCCGCUGAUACCAUGAACAACUACCUAAUGUUCAAGAAACGAAUAGUCACCGAGUAUGUGCCCUAUGAGAAGCGCCCCAAGGGACUCUUCCAUGGUAAAAGCAGCACUAAGGAAUACACAUCCGUUCGAACGCGACGCGGGAAACAGAAAUUCUCGCGGAACAAACAGUUGGAUGAAGAAACCGCGCUAAAGAAAACGAAGGCAAGCGUGAAGAAGUUUGAGUCGAAAGUUAAGAAACUAGCGAGUUUAGGCAUCAAAUGCACUGUGGUCCCAGUCACGGCUAGUUAAGGGAGUUCUUGUUGAUUAAAGUGGUUUAUUCUA